AUGGCGGCGGCAUCUGCGGCGGCAAAUGCGGCUCUGUCGACGCCCGUGUUCGUGUACGGCACGCUCAUGGCGGACGAGGUGCUCCGCGCGCUGCUCGACCGAGUUCCCGCCUCCGCGCCCGCGCGCCUGCCCAACUUCUCGCGGCACAGCAUCAAGGGGCGGCAAUACCCCGCAGUGGUUCCGAAAGCGCACGACUCCGUGAUGGGGAAGCUGCUCCUCAACCUCUCCCCGCCAGAAAUGAGCCUCUUUGACGCCUUUGAGGAUGUGGAGUAUGUGCGCUCCACCCAGCUAGUUACCCUACAAGGGGUACGAGACUCUCUUCUUUUGCCUCCCCCCUUCCUCCCCUUCCCCAUUCUCCCCUGCCUGGCCGAAUGCAAAGGACGCUGA